UAAAGAAGGGAACUUGUCACAUUGUGCUCAUCUUAGACUAAUUGAGUGGUUAAAUUAGCAAAUGGUGUGAUUAUAACAAUGUUUUGCUGUUAUGUAACAAAGUGACUUUAUUCAGCAUACUUCUAAUUAUGAUGUGAUUUAUGAUUUAAAAGGCCUGAACCAAUAUGGAUGUUAUACCUUGCAUCAGAAGUAUAGCACCAACACCUAAUUAGCUCUCUCCUGAGCCCAAAGUCACUGAGCCCAACUCUCCCUUCAUGAUGCAGUGUGUGUUUUGAGUCGACUUGGGACCAGUCCAUGGACUACCGUUCUACGGCACAUGAGUGGUUGGACACUCCCCCUACACGUUGGAUCAUCUACUGUAAUCACUGCCACAUGUCAUCGAAUUUUGCGUGUUUCAUCUUUGUGUGCAGGGGUGUCACAUUAUGGACGUGUUCAAUUCACGUAGAGGACGCAUUUGUUUGUGUAAUGUGAGCGGGAACAUAAAAAGCACAUUUAACAAAAAAUCUGAAUUGGGUAUCGCGCGCUGCAAUGCGAACAUAGCCUAUCCAACCGGGACGUCUAGCUGCCGGGAUGAAAACUACAUAUAAAUCUAAUCUUCUGCACCUUGCCCUCAUUUCCGCUGUCUUCUUUCUCUUCCACGGUGAGCUUCGAAAUCUGCGGCAAAUUCUGCGAUUGUGGAAUUGCGGAUUCCUGUGGGGAGUACAUUAAGAUGCAGUUAACCACAUAUUCAUGUGUGCCUCCAGUAGCUCUGCCUAGAUUUGCUAAGUUAAAUGGUAUUACAAAUAGACCAUGGUAAGAAAGAUUAAUGAUAAUUGAUAUUGUUGAAUAACACACUUUUUUUGUGUUGCUCUGUACUCAUUAUUGCUUGUUCAUCUCUUGCAAUUUAGAUAAAUGAUAUAACAUUAAGCUCAAGGUGGUUGAGUCUCAAGCAGUAGUGAGGCGGAAGCAAGCCAAGGGAGCUCCAUGCCCACUGAUCCCACGGGACUCACUGAAGACACCGGAACUGUACUUAAAAGUGUUGGGUUUUAAUGCACUCUGUAUUGUGGCUAUUUGUUAGAAAUCUGAAGUUGUAGAUUGUGGGGAGAUUGUACAAUGGGAUGGGACAGGACACAUAAUUUUAAUGAAUAUCAUAUAUACAAGAUAAGAUCAUUUCUUUUGUAUAUACUUCGUGUGUAUACGUGAAUGUAGAGGAGCAGCAAUUAGAAUAUGAUAGCAACAUUGCAUGCAAGAUUUGAUCAGCUAGAUUUCUUCUCCCCUUUCAGUUUUCAAUUGGAGUUCAAAUGAAACUUGUUGCCAGAGUCCAGUAGUGGACUCUGUUUUAUUUUUUUUAAUGAAUUUAAGUAGGAAGCAAUUCUUUUUACAGUUAACAAAACAAUCCCAGGUAUAUUCUUGAAAAAUGAAAGGUAGGCACUCCCAACUGAGAGCGCCUACCUCUUUAUUAUAUUUUUGUGCCAUUAUUUCAACAGCAUUAUGUUUCUGUUUCUCUCCCUUUCUUCGUGUGUUUUGCAGCACCCGGAUAGCAAGAUGAUGCAGAUUAACUUGACGGGUUUCCUGAAUGGGAAAAAUGCCAGAGAGUUCAUGAGAGACCUCUGGCCCCUGUUGCUGAGUGCCCAGGAGAACAUUGCUGGCAUCCCAACCGCAUUUUUGGAGCAGAAGAAAGAAGAAAUUAAGCAGAGACAGAUUGAACAGGAGAAGCUUGCUUCUCUGAAGAAGUUGGAGGAGGAGAAAAAGGAUUCAAGAGAGAGGGCUCAGUCAAAGAGCCCGAGAAGACGCAAGACGAGGUCUCCAUCACCAAGGCGCAGGUCUCCGUCACCACGGCGCAGGUCUCCAUUGAGGCGGGACAGGAAACGAACCCCUUCACGCUCCCCAAGACGUAAAGCCACUCUACCUGGUGGGAGCUCACCUCCUCCACCCUUGAUGCAGCUUUCCACAAAACCUGUGGAGCAGCCAUUGGAGCCUGACACAUCAGGAAGAGCCAUGCCAGAACCAGUUACCCAAGAAGUGUCUUCCACCAGCGAAACUGUUGUAGAGGUGGCUAAAGCAGACACGAUUACUGAAGACAAGGAGCUCCCACCUGAGAAAAAUAAGAAUGAGGAGAGGCCCAAGUCCAGGGAAAGGGAGAAGGACAGUAGGAAGGAAAGACCUCAGCGCCGUUCCCGUUCUCAUUCUCGCCACCGCAAAAGGCGUUCUCGUUCAAGGUCUUACUCUCCACGUAGAAGACAGAGUCCCCGAAGGAGAAUGUCUCCGCGCCGAAGAAGCCCACCCAGACGGGGCCCUCCCAGCUCGAGAAACCGACACAGGCGUUCUCCUGUCCGUAGGAGACAAUCUCGUUCUGCUUCAUACUCUGGCAGCAGUUCCUCUCGCUCACACUCGCCUAAAAAAGUAAUGAAAAGAAUAUCCAACACGCCUCCACGAAAACAGCCCCACUUUCCUGAUGCCAUUAGCCCUCCCAGGAAAGACAGGCGAUCACCUUCUCCAAAGGUCAGAAGGGGCAGAGGGUCAGCGUCUCCUGUCAGAUCAUCUGAGGAGGAUAAAAACGAGAAAGGCGCAACUGCGGAUUCUGUGCAGCAAAGACGACAAUAUCGUAGACAGAAUCAGGAGUCAUCUUCAGACUCAGGAUCUUCCUCCUCAGAUGACGAAGCAUCCAAGAGACCAAAGGGAGGACCAGGUGCUAGGAACGGUGACGUUAAGAGGCGGCGUAGCCACACAACUUCCCCGAGGAGGCGACAGAGAGAGGCCUCUCCUAGGAAAAGGCGUUCACCAUCUCCUGGUCCACGCAGACGCCGUUCCCUUACUCCCGUAAGGCGUCGCAGGUCCCCUUCACCAAGACGAAGGUCUCCUUCCCCACCUCCCCGCAGACUCUCUCCAUCCAACAGGCGUUAUUCUCCUCCAAUACAGCGCCGCUACAGCCCCGUACCUCCUCAGAAGAGGAAAUUAUCUAUCUCUCCUGCUAGACGUGGUUCACCAGGGCACAAACGCCGUCCUUCGAGAUCUCCAAGACGCCGAAGUUCUCCCACUCAGCGGAGGCGCACACCACCCUCAUCAAUAUCCCCUCCCAGACACAGAAGAAGCCCCAAGUCCUCUUCUGUCCGGUUAAGUCGGGAUGCACGGUCCCCUGCUGCAGCAGCAAAUCGGCGCUCUCAGUCCCCUGUAAAUCGCAGUCGCAUUAACAGAGAUUCGAACAGUCCUGUGAGGCCUUUUGAAUCCUCCAACCAGCGGAGACACUCUCCAUUGCAGAAUGAAAAACCUAUCCGGAGAGUCUCCCGUACCCCAGAACCGCGCAACAUUCAGAGACGUUCUCUGAGCCCUCAGCCGUUGAGAAGAGUUUCCUCCAGAUCUCGAUCCCUUUCUCCUCAACCAGCUCCAGUGAAAAGCCUCGCCGCCGCAUCUGCCUCCCCUUCACCAUCUCGAUCUGCUAGUGCUUCCCCCCCACCAGCCAAAAAGGCAAGCAGUGGCUCUGGUAGCCAAUCACCUAGCAAGAAUUCAGAUGUUGAUGGCAGCGCCAAAAAGAAGAAAAAGAAGAAGGAAAAGAAGCAUAAGAAGGACAAGAAACAUAAGAAGCACAAGAAGCAUAAGAAGGAGAAGAGUGGCAACACCGGGAGUGGAGAGACCCAGCAGAACCAGGGUGGGGAUGAAGAUGGUGAAUCAAGAAAGGAAUCAGAGAGCGAAGUGGAGGACACGUUGGAUGAUCUGGAGAAACACCUGAGAGAGAAGGCCCUCCGCUCCAUGAGGAAGGCCCAGGUGUCUCCCUCACAGAUGUCCUAAUUCUCAAGGAGCGCCCCUCCACCUACCCCACCCUUUUCACAUUAACCUUGAUGUUUGUGAUAAACUGAUUCAAUUUAGAAUGUACAAACUGGUGAUUUGCGUUUUCUUUCUUUUUACAGAUUUGGUACAUUUUGAGGCAUUGCUUUUCAGUGUGAUUUGUCAGCCUACCAGCUACACUGUAAAAAGUUUGUGUUGUCCAUUACUACUAAAUUGAUGAGCAUGGGAACAUGUAAAUUGAGGGUUGAUUUAAAGACUCCCUCCCACCCUUUUCCACAACCAAAAGUAGACUCCUGUUAAGAAGUGAUUGCAUGUGCAGUGACUAUGUGGUGUGCAUGUGGAGCAGUGCCACUUCUGUGUUAAAUUGUUUUGGUCCUCAAAUAGUGCACAAUUUUCUUUACCAAUUAGUUAUUGUGACUCAUUCAGAGAGGAUGCUUUAAUUUAUCCAACUAGAUUUUUUUGUUUGUUUUUUGGGGUACAUCCUUGUUCCAAGUUAAUCCGUGUGGGACUGCUUUGCUUUGUAUUUAGUACCCCUUAUUUGUCUUGUCAGCCUUUCAGAAUUAAAACAUUUUUAUAGAAUCUC